GUAAAGUGUAGAAGAAGAACCUCUUUUUCUUCAUCGAUAAAGAUAACAUCUUUUGAUUACUUUUGGUACUAGAAAAUGGGAUCGAUUCCAGAAUCAGCACCUACGGCGAACUCUUCAACGACGGUGGUGAUGAGCUCUAUUCCGCCGUUUCUGAGCAAGACUUACGACAUGGUUGACGAUCCAUCGACUGAUGAAGUGGUGUCUUGGAGCAGCGGGAGCAACAGCUUCGUUGUCUGGAACGUGCCUGAGUUUUCUAAACAGUUUUUACCAAAGUACUUCAAGCACAACAACUUCUCUAGCUUUGUCAGACAGCUUAACACUUAUGGUUUCAGAAAAGUUGAUCCAGAUCGCUGGGAAUUUGCAAAUGAGGGCUUUCUAAAAGGCCAAAAACACUUGCUAAAGAGCAUUAUCCGGAGAAAACCUUCUCAGGUGCAGCCUCCACAACAACCUCAAGUUCAGCACUCAUCUGUUGGUGCCUGCGUCGAAGUGGGCAAGUUUGGACUCGAAGAAGAAGUUGAAAGACUCCAGCGUGAUAAGAACGUCCUUAUGCAAGAGCUUGUGAGGUUAAGGCAGCAACAACAAGUCACUGAACAUCAUCUUCAACACGUGGGGCAGAAAGUUCAUGUGAUGGAGCAGAGGCAGCAGCAAAUGAUGUCUUUCUUAGCAAAGGCUGUUCAAAGUCCUGGUUUCUUGAACCAGUUCUCACAGCAGAAGAAUAAUGAAGGGAAGCAGCAGAUCUCUGAGAGUAAUAAAAAGAGGAGGCUACCUGUUGAGGACCAGAAGAAUACUGGUAAUAGCCAAGGGCUUAAUGGUCUUAGCCGCCAGAUUGUGAGGUACCAGUCAUCAAUGAACGAAUCAGCAAACAGUAUGCUCCAACAGAUACACAACAUGAGUAACAAUCAUGGUAGCUUUCUUUUGGGAGAUGUUCCAAAUGCCAACCUUUCAGACAAUGGAAGCUCCUCAAAUGGACCAUCUGGAGUUGCAUUUGCUGAUGUUUCAUCCAAUCCUGCAAUGAAACAUCACAAUCCUUGUGCAACAAACCAAGUCCUGGAGGAGACCAAUUUGCCUUAUCCUCAAGCUGAUCUGUUAGCCCCAAAGCAAGGUUCUGGGAGCCCAAGUCCGGAUCUAGCUGGUUACGAGAGAGAUAAUGGAGAGUGUCUAGAUCCAAUAAUGGCUGUGUUAGAUGGCUCAAUGAUGUUAGAAACCAAUGACGCCAUAAAUGAGUUACUUCCUGGAGUACACGAUUCAUUGUGGGAACAAUUCUUUGGUGAGAGCUCAGGGAUUGGCGACUCGGAUGAGCUAGUCUCAGGGUCAGUGGACAAUGAGUUGAUAAUGGAGCAGCUAGAGUUACAACCUAACCUGAGGAAUGUGUUGAGCAACAAUCAACAAAUGAACCAUCUUACUGAACAGAUGGGACUUCUCACAUCAGAUGCUCUCAGGAAAUGAAAUCUCCAUAAUCUUUACUCAAGAGAUGUUGAAGAUGUGUUAAAAGAUUUAGUGGAGUCGCAGAGCAACAAAAUGGAUAAUGGGCAAAAGGAAGUGGUGUUAAAUGUAUCUAUGUUUCAAACUUGUGUUCCUCUCAUUCUUGUCAUUGUGUAAUACAAUAAGACAAAUAAUCGACUAAUGAUUUAUGCAUUAUACUUUUUGUACUUUCCCUUGAGCAUGAAUCAUAC